AUGUCAUUUCUCAUGCUCAGCUUGGGCUUCUACCCGGGAGCCGUGGUAUAUGGUACCCUCGGCCUCGUGGUUUCCUACUUCAUCAUAGUAGCCGGCUAUCAAGUUGUACUACAUCCGCUCAGUCGCUAUCCGGGACCCUUCCUUGCCAAGCUCACCGAUGCGUAUCCUGGCUUCUACGCCUUCAGGCGCCGUCUUCAUUUGACUACGUACUUGGACCUCCAGAAGUAUGGCCCUGUCAUGCGUCAUGGGCCCAACAAACUCGUUUUCAACUCCAUCACAGCAUUGCGAGACAUAUACCAGAAUGAGAAGGUCACAAAGGCUGAUUCAUAUCUGGUUUCACAGGCAGCACCAAACGUGUUUAACUUCUUCAAUGCCAUAGACAGGGAUUUGCACCGGGUAAAGCGUAGGCUCAUAGGUGGGGCCGUCUCGGAGCGCUCCAUACGCGGCUUUGAGCCUACACUAUCUGCCCAGGUGGACAUCUUCGUGACGGGGCUUUUGACAUCUUCUGGUCCUAUCAACGUGACGGAAAGAAGCAAGCGGCUAGGCUAUGAUAUUGUCGGCCACCUCUCUUUCGGAUACGACCUUCGACUACAAACCCACGAGACCAACCGGUUCCUCAUCAGCGCCAUUAGACUCGGAAAUUACCGGAGUAACCUGAACAUGCAGUUCCCAUUUAUCCACAAAAUCCACCUACAUGAUGUCGUGGGCCGUUUCUUCUAUCCGUCAUGGGACAGGUUCACCAGUUUGUUGCAAACCAUGAUUAGAUCCCGCCUUGCUCAAGACAAGGACGCCCAGAACGACUUCUACGCGCAUGUUUCCAAUGCCCUAGCGACGGACGACGAAGACCCGCAGCAAAUUGACCUCUGGACCGAAGCAAUGUUCUUCACGAUUGCAGGUGGUGACACAACCGCGGCAGCUGUUGCUGCUACUUUUUUCUAUCUAUCACGCAACCAGGAGUGCUACCAGAAGGUAGCUCAAGAGAUACGGUCUACUUUCAAUUCCGGCUGCGAAGUGAGAGGGGGUCCUCUGCUGUCGGGCUGUCGUUAUUUGCGUGCCUGUAUUGAUGAGUCGCUGAGAAUGUCUCCGCCAGGGCCCAGCACGCCGUGGAGACAAUUGGCUCCAGACGAGAAGGACAGCGUAGUGAUGAUCGACGGGCACCCUGUUCCAAAAGGCAUAUCAUUUGGUGUGAAUAUUUAUGCAUUCCACCAUAAUGAUGAAUACUUCCCGAACCCGUAUCAGUUCUCCCCUGAGCGGUGGCUAACCCCGAGUUCUGAUACCCCAGAAAACCGCGAGCCUUACAAGCUCAUGCGUGAGGCCUUCUCUCCUUUCUCUAUAGGUUCUCGUUCAUGUGCCGGAAAACCGCUGGCUUAUCUCGAGACCAGUCUUGCGCUGGCUAAAACACUAUGGUACUUUGACUUCAAGCCGGCUUCCGGAAACCUUGGUCAGGUUGGCGCAGGUAACAGUGGGGCAGAGAUAGGAAGGGAGCGACCGGGGGAGUUCCAAUUGUUUGAUACUUUUAACUCUGUCCAUGAUGGUCCCUACUUGACUUUCAAGCCUCGGGGCGAUUUUGUAUGGCGCGACCUGCACCUUCUGAAGAAGGCUGAGACCUUGUCCUGA